UUAAAGAUGGAGGCUUGUGCGAUAGGUUACUUAUUAUUCAACUUGUUUCAUUUAUAAAUUUGCUACUCUGCCAGACAUUUAGUUGUUGACAUCUUUAUAUACAUGAUUAUUUUCGAAACAAGGUAUUUUAGGUUUAAGUAAUCUUCAACCAAAACAAGUAUGGAAGGCUUAAAACUUAGUGAUUCUGAGCUGCAAUGUUACGGAGAAUUAUUUCAGGCGUGUGACUCAGAUGGCACAGGAAAGAUUACCGGUUUAAAGGCAUCUGAACUAUUUCGAGGGUCAGGUCUUGGACAAGAUGCGCUCAUCCAGAUAUCUGAACUGUGUGGAGCCAAACGUUUAGGACACUUUGGAAGAAGUCAGUUUUACAUUGCGUUAAAGUUAAUAGCUGCUGUUCAGUCUGGUUUUCCACUGAAAAUAGAAAGUCUUAAUACAGGUACUGAUUUGAAUUUACCAAAAUUUAAUCUUAAACCUAAUGAUCAAGCUGGUGAAAAGAAAUUGACUCCUCAAUGUAUAGAGACUGAUAAUGAGAUUAAUAUAAAACCUGGUCAAUCGUCUGGUGCUGGUCAACUUCCUCCUCCACCUAAAAAGUCACAUAUGCGUAGUUUAUCUGGUCAAUAUAGAGGUAUCAUUCCAGAUUCACCUCAACAAUACAAUAACCAGGCAUUGAACAGAGAGGAAACAUCACCAAGAGAAACAAAGUCACCUCCCUUCUCACCACAACAAUCCCCACCAGUUUCUCCAUCUAAUGCCAGAAGACAAUUAAUUAAACAACAAACCGUACCAGCUAACUUUACUACAUCUGUACCAGCUGAAAAUUUAAUCAUGACACAAACUAGUCUAGAUGGCGGCCAUGUUAAUCCUGUGGCAUUAGAAGGCGGUAUCUAUAAUAAUGAAACAAAUGAAAAUGGUGGGUGGGCAGUGUUUGAAGAUGAUGAUGAAAAUCAUAUGCUUAUUGGUAGUGGUGUGAAGAAAUGGGAAACUGAUACUUUGGAACCGCCUAACUUCGAUUCAUCAUCUAUUAGUUCAGAAGCUGAUAGUGUAGAUGAUGUAUUUUGUGUAACUGAUGAACAACGUGAUUAUUAUAUUAAACAGUUUAAAACAAUGGAACCAGAUCUAUCAGGAAUGAUAUCAGGGCCAGUUGCUAAAGAAUUUUUUGAAAAAUCCAAGUUACCUGUGUCUGAAUUAUCCAAGAUCUGGCAACUAUCUGACUUAAACUGUGAUGGGGCAUUAUCUUUGGAAGAAUUUAUUAUUGCCAUGCAUCUUGUUGUAUUACGUAGAAAUGAUAUUGAUCUUCCAGAACGCCUUCCUCUUUCUCUCAUGCCAUAUGCUACAUUAACUAAUGAUGAACCAUUUGCUGCGGACCUACCACAAGGUAGUACAUUAAAACGGGUAACUCCUCCACCUGAUCAGCAGUGGUCAUCAAAUUUUCCUGUUGACUCACCAGAAUCAAGUGGCGUUCCCUCCCCUGCAUUAAAACCUGCUAAUUUUGAAUUUGCUAAACCUAUUGCUGGCGAUCCAGAUUCUAAGAUUGUACAUCCUGUUGCUGUAAGAAUGUCACCAGAUGGUCAACCAUUACCACCUGAAGGUUAUGAUAGAGGUCGUGCAUUAUCAGCUGAACAGUCAAAACUGAUGAACAGUGACGGUGAUCCAGGCUUGCAUGAUUGUGAUGCCAUUGCUCAAAAUGACUUAAUGACCCCGACCAAGCAGAGGUCAAAUACUGAGUCAAGUGCUGCUGACUCAAGUCAGGUAGAUGGCCCUGGCUCAAAGUAUAAUACACCCUUACAUCCACGUCCACGCCCUGUGCCAAAGAAACCAAAUCAAGUCCCAAUGGUAGGACGAGGUCACAUUCAACCACCCCCAUUCUCUAGUCAACAUGAGACAUCUGGUCCAGAACGUCCCACAGUGUUAUUACCCCCAGCUAAUGAUACAGGAGCUUAUAGUCAAGAACCCCCAGCACCACCACCUCGACCUCCACAAUCUCAUGGACGAAGUCUGUCAGUUGAUCUGAAGUGUAGAACAGAGGGUGGUGCAUUAAUGGGUUUAUUACCACCACCUGCUGUACCACCUAGAGUAUCACCGAAAGAUCCACCAAUACGUAAAGUAAAUGAACCUGUGGGCUUUGGUGCAAUAGAAGCUACUGAAAAAUCAGUAUCAUUUACUGAUUCUGUCAACCUUUCACCCAAAGAGACUAGACACUCUCAUAUUAAACCCAAGUUUAUAAUAGGCCCCAUUGAGAGGCAUCGUCGUUGUUUGUCACUAGACUAUUCAAAAGUGGUUGGAAAUCAGUUUGGAGGUGGAGAUCCAGCUAUGAGCAGUGCUACUAGUAAUCUACAACUUUCUUCAGAUCAUAGAAUAAAAUCCCCAAAUUUGUUAGAUUCUGGAGGUGGUGAAGAAAAUGAGCCAAGUGAUAAACAACCUAUAAUGAAAACAGCUGUCAGAACAAUAAGUCGAGAUAAGAGAGAAGUACAAAUGGCCAUAAGAACUCACAAAGAGCGUAACUCAACCUUAACUCGACUAAACAGUGAACUUAAUCAAGAAUUGCAGGAAGUAAUGGAACAGAGAAUAGCCCUAGAAAUCCAACUGGAACAUUUACGCCCAUAUUCCUCCUAGUGAUAAUAUUGUUGAUGUUAUUAGAUUUACAAGAUGAUGUUCACUAGAUUAAUUGACACAUGUAUGUGGUAUAUAGACUGUAAAGAGAUAGGCAAUUAAUCUGCUGCAUUUAUCUUCAAUACUACGCCUGUUGUUUUUUUUUUUCAAUAAGAGUACUGACUAAUGAAAUGACAUUAUUUACCUGGCUGAUCAUUAGCUUAUGAUGGUGACCUGAUUUACAGCCAUCACCUCAACGUGUUAUAUAUACAAUCUAAGUAUUGUUAUACAGACUAGAGACAUGAUGAUGUAUCAGCUGGCUAUUUGUACAUGCACAGACUCAGCUGCAUGGUAAGUGCCAUAAGUUAAAAAGUGUUUAUCCAUUUAAUAAAUUUUAAACUAUCCCUGCUUUUGCUUGCAGGUUGUGGAAAAAGAAACAUUUCCUUGUUUACUGCUUUUCAUGAUUGUACAAUAAUGAAACUGGUCAUAUUAAAAUGAUGAUGAAGAAAUGCAAUGGCAAUAUUAUGGCAUUUAUACCCAUAUUUUAAUUUAUGGCUUGUAUUUGUAAAGGAAAUUAUAGUUGAACACAUUUACAAAUAAUAGUAUUGUAUGAACUGAGAAUUGUAAACAUAGAGAUUGAUGUGAAUAUAGUAAGAGAAGUCAUCAUUCCUAAUACAAUGUCACCAAAUUGUUAAAAGUUUUGAAGAAAUUUUUAAAAAGUUUCAAAAAAUAAAGACUAGACUGAAGUCUACCGAUCAAUAUUUGAACAUUCUUGCUCAUUGUUCUUUUAAUUCUAGUCAAUAUUCAGACAAUAAUUGACUUAAAUAUAAUAUGCAAUAAUAUUAAUAACACAUUUUACUAGUCGAUACAUAAUAAUAUUAAUGAUAUAACUGGUAUUUUUUCUAAUAAUUAUAAAUAGAUUUAGUUAACAGUCUGUUGUCAGAAAAGGAUUUUCUUAAGAUUGUGAAAUAAAAAAGAAAACAAUUGAAUAGAGUAGAGACAUUCAUGCAUUUCCUUUCUGAUGUCAUAAAACUUACAACACAAUCUUAAAAUUGGCACUUUUCUGGCAACAUUUGCCAUUUCAACAAAUUUAUUUAAAGAUACAUUAUGGGAGAUUAGAUAAAAAGCUGGCAGUUCUCACUAUAAUAUUAAAAACUAGAUAAUGUAAAGGGAAUUUUCAGUCAAAUUGAUCCACUCUGAACCGAGAUUUUAGUGAUUGAAUUUUUCGGCCUAGCCACGAUCAACAUUACUAAAGUCGGGUACGAUAAAAACAUAGUCUUGAUUGUCCAUUUCAUGAUUAAAUCAUGAAUGGAAGUCGAGCAGCAAAUCAGAACCUAAUCCAAUAAACAUCACAGGCUAGCAAUGACAUCGAGAGUUGAUUUCGGUCUGGAUAGGUUAAUUAAUGUCUAUUUAAUAAUUUAGAUAACAUUUCAGGCCUAAAGAAAGACCUGGAAUAAGCAGAUUUAACUCUCGCAUGAUGUAUGUUUAACUGAUAUGUUAUAUAAGUAACUGAACAAACCAUCUGCUUUAAACACAUUUUCUAAAUCAAUAGUCAGUAUUUUGUCAUUGAUAAACUGAUGAUUUAUUAAAAUGUUAUAAGUUGUAUAGCUCUAAGGUAACUUAUUUUUAUUUUAUAUUUAUUUGGUAAAAGAUCAGAAGGUGAAUAUCUAUUUUGUGGUACAAAAUUAUGGAGAUUAUUUAAGAAGUUUCAACAAGAUCUAAUUCAGAUUAAAAAAACAUUUGUAGCAUUGAGCAUGUUAAAAUUGUGAAAGUAAUUAUGACUUAGGAAUAUUUAGGGUCUCUAGUGUAUAGUGAAUAUUACUAAUAGUGCUGGUGGAAUCUAGUUAAUGUUUUUAUUGUUGGUAUAAUAUAUUAUUGUUUAAAUUCUGUUCUAUUUUUCCUUGUCUUAUGUGCCUUUUAAUUGUCUGUAUGAAUGUUUAAUGACUAUUUAUAAAUAAUUACGUAAGUAUUUCUACUUUAAAUGCUCAUUACUGCAAAAGUAUAUGUCUAUUGUGUAUUAAACUACUGAAAUCUUUAAUGUAUAAUUGGAUAUUACCCACAUGCAUCAAUAGAGUGAUAUUAUUUAUAGUUUAGAUAUCUUAUCUUAUUUUACUAUUAAUCAAUAUGUAAUAUCAUUAUUAUACAGUUUUAUACAUAAAGUAAUAAUAUGAAUAAUAUUGCAACACAAAUUGUUUUAUGUUCAAGUAUAUAUGAAUAUGUCUGUCCCAAAACUAACUUCCCCUUCGACCAUGGUUAAGAACAGUGAAGGCCACAGGAGGAUUGCCUAUGCCUCCCCUAAGAAAAUUUCAUUUCCUGAUCGAUGCCAAGAUACAAUUAAUUUUGUUGAUUGUGUUCGUUAUCCAAGACAUACUUCAAAAUGCAUAUUUCUCUAAUAAUUUUUGAGGACCCCUGUCCCACUUUCCCACUGGAAAAUCAUGAUUAAGACGACUUGUUUUUAAAUUUUACCUUUUACAAAUGCCAUGAUACUGGAAUAUAGCUUUUGGUUGUUUAAAGGUGUGUAAAUGUGAUUUAACAGUAGGAGUUUUCAUAUCACGAUUGUCUGCCUUUACAUGCUUAUAGAGUUGUUAAGGUAGCAAAGUAAUUCUGGUUGUGAAGAAUUUCUCCAGUUAUAUUAAGUAGAAAUAUUAUAGAAUUGUGUACAUAUGUUUUUGUACAAUGUGAUGUAAAACUUAUAUAAUUAUUGUUAAUAUUAUUAUUAUUAUUAUAUGUUUGCUUUAUCUGUGAUUCUUUUUUUCUAGGUUUCCAUUAUACUUCUUAUGUAUUUACACAGAUUUCACACAACCUUAUAUAUUACAAGAGAGGUAACAAUCAUAUACUGUAAAAUCUACUAAUUUUUGUUAUAUCUGUCUAAUAAGUUGUUGUCAAUUUUUAUUAUGUUUUAUAUAAGGAACAAGUGCUGAAUGAUUGUGUGUAGUUAUAAAUGACCAGGCCAUCGACUUUUAUAAAGGGAAAAUAAUAAUUCCAAUUAGAUUUCCAAAGCAAUGACAACAGUCACAUUUCUAAGUUCUUCUGCAAGUAAUCUUCUUAUUAAUUACAUUUCAAGACUUCCUGGGAAAUCCAUUUUUAUGAAAAAUCAAUAAUUACUAAUUAUAGGAAUUAAACAACAUAAUUCUUUAUUGAGACUUUAUGGCAGAUUGUUAAGAAAAUGUUGUUCUUAGAAUCGUAUUGUAAUGCUAUGUUUAUUGUUAUGAUAGAAAAUAUGUAUAGAAAAUAAUGGAAUUUAUAGUAUGUGGUAUAUAGUAUAUGAUAUUCAUGCACUAUAUGUAGUUUUAUUGACAUAUAUAGUACUUAAAAAUAUGCCUCCCUGUAUAUUUACUAUACUUGCAUCAUUUUAAAAAAUAUUGGGUUUAUAAAAGUUAUAGCUGAUUUUGAUACACCCACAUUGAAAUAUGCUUAGAUAUUGUAUAUUGCUUGUGGAUGCUCUAGAGGCUAUAGUUACCAUCAUGAGAUGACAAAGACUCCUGAUUUUCAAUUGUGACCCUUGGUAACUUUGAGAAAUCUAGAUCCUAAAAUUAUCCAAUCAACAUGCAAUUUAUACAGUGUUUAUGCCCAUCAGAUGAAAAAAAACCUAAUGAAUUUGGGCAUGGGACAAAGAAAUCUAAUUACAAUUUUUGGAUGAUUAUUGAUAAAGCUGAAAAAUCAUCAGCUCAGACUAAUUGACUGCUGGAGGUGUAUGUUUCAUUUAUAGAUCACUAUGAUUUUGAUAAAAAUAUACUUUACAGGUUAUUUAAGGUAACGAUUUAAACAUAAACCAGAUUAAUAAUUAAAACACAUUAAUAUACAAUCAUGUUCAGUAAUUCUCAGUUCACUAAUUAAUAGCUUAUUCAUUAAUGGCAAACUGGGUCCCAUUUCAGAAAGAUCUAUUUCUAAAUUGAACAUUUUACUACUCAACUGUAUUGAACUUAGGUAAGCUUCGUGAAUUGACCUCUUAUCCAGUAGUGAAGUAUGGCUCAACUGUUGUGGGUCCACUGGCUUAAAUGACAACACAUAAAUAAUACAUGUCAGUAUCUAUUGUUCAGUGGAUAAGCUCUAUCUAUAACUAAACUACACCCUAGCUAUCUCCAGUCAGACAUGUCUUUGUGAGUUGAUAUCAUUUCUAGAUGUCACUCAGAUAAGGACUGUGCCAAAUGGUUGUAUGUGUGUGGAAAGUUAUCUUACUCUAAUUAUGACAAUGCUGAUAUAUUUGCUACAAUGGGUGACCAACAUGUGAGAGUUAUUUUUCUGACAUUCUCAACUUUGAUGUUUAUUAUAUAUUUUAAUAUCUGAUUAUUUUACUCAAAAUGCCUGCAUGUGAUAAAUGUGUCAAUGCAUUGUUGAAUGGAUCGUAUUUUAAUCCAAAAAUAUCAUUUAAUACAAUCUAGAUUUAAUUUAUUAUAAUUGUAUGUUGAAUAUCAAUUAUCACGACACAAUUUAAUUUAUUAUAACAUUAUAAGUUCAAUUCAGAAGCAUAUGGUGUGUAGAUAAUGGAAUAAUAGCACUUAGAUCAAGAAAUUAAAUAUCUUUUUAUCUCCUAGUAUUAUGUAAGCUAAUUCAGAAUUAACUCCUUUUAAAAUAUCCAUGCAGUCCUGUAUAGAAAUUAAAUGAAAUGAGGUUUAACAUUCUACUGGGCUAAUGAAGACGAAGUCUGAUAGUGCCACUGAUAUUGGGCAGGACGUCCCGUAUGAAGACUGCUGCAAAUUCUGUAGAAUUCCCUUAUAUUUAACUUUUAUACGCCCACAUUUUCAUGUGGACGUAUAUUGUCGUUGCCCCUGCCCGUGUCUGUGGACAUUCACCAGGUCACAAUUUUAUCCGAUUUUGACGAAACUUAAAAUGUAUAUUUACAACCCAAAGAUCUCGGUUCCUGUCAAUAUUCGUGCAUAUCGGACUAUAACUUCAUGGAUUAUGGCCCAAGAUUGCAACAAAAAUCGCGUGGUUUUUUUUUUGGGGGGGGGGGGGUUAGCCUGUGGAUCAUCUAGAGUUCACAAUUUUUAUCCGAUUUGAAAAACCAUUCAAAUAUAUCACCGUUACAUUGUAGCAAUCGUCACGAGAGCGUACGCCAAUGUGCGAGUAAAUUGCAUUGAUCACGUGACUUGUACAGAAUAGCGAAUAGCCAAAAAUGUAAGAUUAUGGACCCUGAUUGCACCAAAAAUCGCGGUGGGUCUUUUGGGUUUUUUUUUUUUUAACCUGGGGACCAUCUAGAGGUCACAAUUUUUAUCCGAUUUUAAAAACCAUUCAAAUAUAUCACCAUUACACGUAGCGAUCAUCACAAGAGUGUACGCCAAUGUGCGAGUAAAUUACAUUGAUCAUGUGACUUGUACAAAAUGCGUAAGAUUGCUGUGGUAGCUGCUAUUUAUUUGCUUCUAAAACCCUGGAAUCGUGAUCUCAAACAGGCAAGGCCUUUCAAACCAAAGAAUCAUCAAUUCUUUUUUCAUCAGAUUCCAUGCGCAGUGGAGGCAUCCAUUUUGAGAUCAUGUGAUAUCAAUGAUGUCCCCGAAUGGCGUAUGAAAAUGGUUCGCUCGACAAUAUAAGCUGGACACGGGCAGACAACAGCCGGCGAAUUGAUUGCCGGUGUAAAAUAUUCGGCCGAAAAUAUUUAACAUUCUAAAUACGGGGUUCGCCGAGCGGAAUCGUCGCCGUGAACGGGCACAUGGGCAAUUUUUUUCGAGCAAUUUUAAAAAUCGUCCCGACAAGGCGAAAAAAAUACGUUUGUCUGCCAUAGGUAAAAUGGGGGUCAGACAAGCGGAUAUGCCAGAGCAGACGAACGGAUAUGCCUGAAAAUAUAUGUUUAUAUUCCAAAGAUCUCAGUUCCUUUCGAUCGGACUAAAACUUCUUGGAUUAUGACCCCUGAUUUUUAGCUUGUGGAAACCUCUAGAGGUCACAAUUUUUAUCUGAUUUGAAAAAAAAAACGUUUAAUUAUAUCACCGUUCGACCAUAAUGACAAUUGAGUUCGAAUUUCGUGAAAAUCGGAGUGAAACUGUCCUACAAAAUAGCUGCUCCCUUACGCAAAUAGUGUAAAACUAUGUACUAAGGUUGUGGACCCUCUAGAGGUCACAAAUUAAAAUAUAUGUUUAUAUCCCAAAGGUCUGGGUUCCUUUCAGUACUUGCAUGUGUUGGACUCUUAACUUUCUGGAUCUUGGCGUGUUUUCUACCCAUCUCUUGCAAAAUGUGUGUUUAUCUUACAUGGCAACCGCUUGUUUAAAAAAGCUUGCAUCUUGAGAAUAGACCAAGUGCCAUACCUAGCAUGAAAUCAAAUUUGAACAUGCCUAAUGCAAUUUAUAUGGGUAGUCAGAUCAAAUUGAUUUUUUUAUGUAGAUCUCCAAGGUAAUAAUACAUCUUUCAAGCAAGAAUAGUUAAAUUCAUUUCACAAUUGAAAUCCUUGGUAUAUUGAGCAAGUUAGAUAAAAAAAAAAUUAAAUAUGACGGAUAAUUUCUUUGAGUUUAAAAUCUAUAAUAUGUUUAACAGUACUAGGAUAGGUAAUAUGUAUUUAGGGUUGUUGAAAUAAAAAGCAUGUUAUGAAUGAUAUGAUCUUACUAUUUUUAUUAUUAUUAUUAUGUAAACAAGUGUAUAAUGUGUGUAGAAAGUAUAAUAUAUGUAAAUGUAUGUAAAUUAUGAUGUAUAUAUGAUAUUUGUCUGUAUGUGGUGGCCGAUCUUGUCACUUUAAACUGUGUAAAUAUAUAUAUGUAAAGUAUUCAGACAGUAUUACAUCUAAUCUACACAUUACAGACAUACCAUAUUGUAAAUAAACUAAUAAAGGUGAUAUGGCUGUACCCAUACUUAAACAUAAUAA